ACAAGCAAGUGGCCCGAAACGAGCCACAUCAAAGCAUAACAAUUGAGACACCCGUACUAGAACAUAAAUUGAUUCGAAACGGCCAAGUUCACAAUCUACCGUCACUGACACGAUCAGCUGAAUCGAAUCCUCCAACAAGUGCAGCUGGGGUUUCAAAAAAUCUUGAAGACAAUCUAACACAACAGGAUAGUGAACCACGCACACGGGAAACACGGGCAUCAGAAAAAGAAAGGGAGCUCGUAGACAAAAGGAAUCCUGUGGUGGAAAACUUGAAUCAUCGUGAUCAGGCAGACCAUGUUCCGGCAAAGAAUGGUAAUCUUGGUAGAGAAAGUACUGAGAACAGUAAUGUGCCUUGUUCCCAAGCAAGAAAAGCAGAUUUACCUCCAGGUGAUGCUCCAGCAGAGGACACCCAGGAUCUUUGCACGACGCGGGAACGGCCACAUGUGCGGGAGACACCUCGCCUUGGUUCACUGGUUCACAUGGUUCACUUGCAAGCGGUCAGUACGGACAGUUCCACAAACUGCGUAUUCAACUCCGCACCGCAGUCCACCAGCUCGCGAGAAGCAACAAGUGGCGCCACAAUUCCAACCACGGCAUCGUGCAAUGAUACAGUUCCGGACAUUCCGCCAUCGCCUCAGCCCGCGGCGAAAGCUGCCUCUCUUCUGCCACGAGAAUUAACUCAAACCUUGGCCACCUUAUUGGACAAACUGCAAUCGCGUGAUCUGGAAUCUAUGAUGCUACUACAACGCAAGAUAGAAAUCGAUGCGGCGAUCAUGAAGCUCGACUCGGAGCGAAUGACCAUCGAUGAAAGACUAGUCGUGCUGCAAAACGAACGCGAUAGACAGAUGAACGUCCUCCGGGUGGGUUUGUUGGGAAGUCAGGCUUCGAGUGGGGGUCCGGAAAGGAAUGGUUCGACAGAGAACCAUGGAAUGCAACCGACGCCGGAGCCCUAUGGAAACAAACCAAAUCCUAGCACGCUUCCGUCCACCAUUCCCGUCUCGCCACCGUCCACCCUCCAGUGCGCUGGCGGCGGAGGUUUACGGAUCAAUCCGCUAAUGGUUUGCCAACCGACAAUCGUACUCGACAAUGAUGCCGGACACACCGGAGGAACCGAUACCCGUGGACAUGCGGGUUGUGGGGUGCAGGAGCGAACCAUUCGACGCAUCACACCGAUCAGUGGCAAUAACGAAUUGAUGCGAAUCUUUCUACGGCGUCGCUUGCUGUCGGAAAAAUCAUCCGACGAUAACCAAUCGAACGAGGACGGUGUGCUUAUUGAGCAGUAAUUCUACGCUGCUCACAUGGAAAACGUUAGCCAGUGUUUAAAUUCGACAUGUGAAUAAU